AUGGUGCGCUUCAAGAUGUACCGACACGACGACGCGGCACCUGAUGGGAGUUCGCACUCUGGGGAGCCUUCACCACUCGAAGCCAAUGCUACGUUCAUCAACAUCACACAUCCAGCUCAACGCCAGGAUGCGGCAACCCGGAAGAAAGUAGCCCAGUACAUCGGAGUCAAUUUUCGAAAUCGUUCGAAGCCUAUGGCGAGGAGAGAAGCCAAUGGCUCCGGCCCAAAGCCAGGUAACUCAAAGCCACCAUCCCAGAGACAACUGCGCGCAAGAGGAGCUCCAAUCCGAGACUGGAUCGAUCGGGACCAGCACGGGUUGAGGUCAGACCCAUUUACAUCGUAUCCCAUCCGAUCACAGGACUGGCUUCCAGAGGUGGUGGACUUCUUCUUGAAUGCAUACGGUCCAACGCACCUUCUCAGGCGCACAGCAACAGGUGGUCCCAGGAGGUAUCAAAGGCCCCCCGAAAGCACGACAGAAACCUCGCCUGUACACCAGUAUUUUCAGUAUAGCCUGGAACAUCCUGUCAUGUUUGAAGCCCUGAUCGCACUAUCGUUAUCCAAUCUGCGGAUCCAUCACUGGGAGCAGGGUCAGGUCGACAAGGAGACGGCGUACCACUAUGGCAAUGUCUUGAGUACCCUCCAGCGGACGUUGGGGGAAGGUGACGGUUACCGCGAGACCGCCGUUCUCUGGACGAUCCUUGCACUCCUCGAGUUAGAGUAUCUGGCAGGCAACAUGACCGCGUUCGAGGCCCAUAUCAACGGCUUGCAUCGGUUGGUUGAUCUGCAUGGAGGAUUGGCGUACUUUGACAAGUGCAAGUUACUCGGGCCAGCUAUCAGAGGGGUUCUGGCGCUAUGGUACUUCCUUCGCGUUUCAGUCACAAAUGACGAUCUCACCACAGCGGUCUACAAUGAAGCAUCCAGCGAUCAACAUAUAAUUGCUCCCAAUGUCCUCGAAGGGCUUAAUGCGGAGGAUAGUACCGCUGGACCCGUGCGUUUUGGGGAGGGAAUCCUGCGGUUGGUUCAGGAAAGGAGAUUGUCCGCACCCGUCUUUGUCCAUGCCAGGGACAUUUACGACAAUUGGCAGGACGUGGACCUAUGCCAGAACUCGCCUUACAGUGUCCAGAACGCAUUGAACAUGGAAUUGCGGGAGCGAGGAUGGAAUCUCCUGGGAAAUUGGCUCUUGCCCAAUCACGGUGGACUAACAUUGGCGGACUACAUCCUGUUGAUCGGCCUUCAGCACACACUCCUCGACACGACUCACGCAGAGCGAUACUCACCGUUCUACCGUCCAGCGGUCAUGAGAUGGGUCUCAUGCUGCUCCAAAUUUCUGGACAGGGUCAACCAGCAGUCAGAUGCAGCGACAGCAGACUUGCUGAUCUGGGUCUGCAUUAAGCUGGCUGGGUCGCUGACAGCAACGUUUUUACGAGCCCGUUCAGACUCAGAAGACGAUCCUCGGUUCCGAUUAGUGAUCAAGAUGAUGAGCAGAUAUCCAGAGACUGGGGAAUGGAGCUCCUUGCAGAAAGUGAUCCAGAGGUUCCAAUGGCGGGAGGAUUGUCUGGCGUUUUGGUACAAGGUUUGGAAGAUGGUGGUGGAAAGUGAUACUGUAGCUCGCAACGGUUACAUUGCCUAA